AUGCCAUUACGUCAAGAAGAACUGGAGCUUCGAAAGGGUCAAGCAAAUGACUGCCUGGAAAAGCUUCGUCAAGCUCUCAGUGACAGAUCUGUGGUGCUUCAAGAGAAAUUACACUCCAACAAAUCAAUCCAUCAUCAGGGUACUAGAUCAACAAAGGAACUUCGAAAAAUCACCUUGGCCAUCAACAAACAUGCUCAAGAAUAUCGCCGAUCAAGGGCAGCAAUGCAAUGA